ACACAUAAGAAAGAGGGCAGCAAAAACUUCAAACUGGCAGGAUUUAUUCCAGCAACGCUGGAAUUAAAAAAAUAUGCAGCCAUUUAUUUUUAUAGUACUAGCACUGUUGUCUAUGUAACUAUAACAAUAUAAUGAGCAAAACACUAUUUGAUACACUUCCUAUAGCACAGCUGUUAAACAAACAAACAAACAAACAAGCAAACAGAAACCACCAUUUUAACACAUUGAUUGUGGAGACCACACUGUUGUCAAUUUUUCUGUGCCCAGGUAUGGACAUUGCAGAUGUUGCCAUCAUUUCUACCCUUUAAGAACUAUGUUUAAAAAUUCCCAUGCACAUCACGUGUUUAAUACGUUAUUAGUAGAGAUGCUCUAGUAGUCUGAGUUCAGAAGACGCAUCGAUUAACUAUUUUUUGACAAUUCUGUAUUUGCUACGCCUUUCCUGACCAUAAAGCUGGGCUUACAUGAGAACAUCUUGAAAUUAUUUCUGAUUUUGAAAUACAGAAUCACAGAAUCAACAGGGUUGGAAAAGACUUCCAAGAGCUAGUCCAACCAUCCAUAUAAUCACCAAUAUUUCCCCACUAAUUCACAUCCCUUAGUACAUCCAUUGCAGCACUUAACCACUCUUUUGGAGAAUAAAUUUUUUUUGAUAUCCAACCUGAACCUCCUGUGGUGCAACUUGAUACCACUCCCUCUCAUCCUAUCACUGGUUAGGUAGGAGAGGGCAACAAAUCCCACUUCACCACACCCUCCUUUCAGGUAGAUGUAGAGAGCAAUUAUGUCUGCUCUGAGCCUUCUCUUCUCCAGACUAAACAAGCUGAGUUUACUAAGCAGCAGUGUUCCCUCAGCUGCUCCUCAUAAGACUUGUGCUCCACAUCCUUUACCAACUUCAGUGCCCUUCUCUGGACAUGCUCCAGGGUCUCAGUGCCUUUCUUGUAGUGAGGGCACAGAACUGAGCACGGUGCUGAGUACAUGGGGACAAUCACUUCCCCACUUCAUCUGACAACACUAUUUCUGAUACAAGCCAGGAUGCUAUUGGCCUUCUUGGCCACCUGAGCACAGUGCUGACACACAUUUAGCCAAGUGUCAACCAACACCCCUAGGCCCAUUUCUUCUAUACAGUCUUCCAGCCAUUCUGCCGCAGGCCUGUGCAUUGCCUGGGGUUAUUGUGGCCAAAGCGCAGAACCCAGCACUUGGUCUUGUUGAAUCACUUCUUCCCAUUGCCCUUAGUCUGGAUCAGCUAUCCAGCCUGUCCGGAUCCCUCUGUAGAGUCUUCCUAUCCUCAGGCAGAUCAACAAUUCCUCCCAGCUUCUGCAAACUAACUGAUGGUUCACUCAAGAUCUAAACAGGAUACUAAACAGGACAGGUUCCAGUACCAACACCUGGGGAACAUCACUUGUGACUGGUUGCCAACUGGAUUUAAUUCCAUUCACCAUUCUCUGGUCGCGGCCCUCCAGCUGAUUCUUUACCCUGCUGUUUUUGUUUGUUUUGUUGGAACUGAAUGAUCUUCAAUGUCCCUUCCAACUCAAGCCUUUCUGUGAUUCUAUAAAUCUAUGAGAUGUAAAACAAAACAAAAUGUGGCUGUGCAAAGCUAUCUGAAGUUGCUUUUCUGUUCUCUGAAAUCUCAGGAAGGGUCUAAUUUUAUUGAGUAUGAAUUGCUGUUGUUUCCCAACAUAAGUCUUUCCAUAUCCCAUUCUAACAUGGAAUAUGGAAUUGGCUUCAGUAACAAAAUCAUUUUCAAAACUCAGACUUGUCUCUAAUGCCAGACAUUGCAAUAAAGUGAAACUAAAACUAUAAACCAUUAGCAAAGCAGAGCACGUAUUAAAGUUGAGGCAGUCAUGAAUGAAUAAACCAAGAAGACAACAAAGGAACAAAGAUGGAAAGGUGAAUUUCUGUACAGAAAAUAUUAUAUAAUUUUCAACGUGAAUUAGUAUUUUUGUAGUUAUAUCUUCAAUAGUAAAUUAGCAGGUAAUUGCAUGAACUUUGUUCUUCAGAGCAUAUGGCUGAAUACGGCAAAGCAUUCCACCUGUCACAUUCCAAAUCCAGGUCUAUGUCUUUUGGUAUCUGGAAUGCAGAGAACGGGGGUAGCAGUUGCUGGCAGUGAUUCUUGCUGAAAGGAACAGUUCUGCGUGUCAGGGAAAUCAGACAGGUCCAGCAGCCCAAGGGAGGUGAGGUUGCUCAGGUACAACAAAUAUGCACUGAGCACAUCUUGCUGGUGGGCACAUACACACAGGACUCAUGUACUUGGUGUUGUUAUAGGUACAUACAUUCAUGGACAGCCAGAUAGAGCACUCACGUGAACACAAACAGCAAUAACAGCAUCAUCCUAUUCCUCUCCCUGGCUGAGCAGGCUACGAUGGGAAUGCAUGUAUACUUAUGUACAGCAUGCAUGCCUCCAGCAGUGGGGCUCAAACAUUUGGUCUGCCCAGUAGCUGCCUCUGGAUGCCAGUCUUUGUUCUAGUAACUAGACAUGCAAGCCUAUGAGAUAUACAGACACGCUCCCUGUCUUCCAAGCCAUUGUGCAUUCUCACUGGCUUGGGUGGAUGGACCUUUGCUUGCACUCACACACUGCUUCACUGUGGCACUGUAUGCAGGCAUAAGGGCCCCUGAGCCCUGGUUCCAACCAGCGACUGGCACAUAGUGUCACUCACUUGGGUCAUGCCCCUUAAUGGCACAUAGGUGUGGGGGCCCUCUGGCAUAGUGUUGUAGCCCAGCUGCUGGCACCAGACCCUACUGCAGCUGCAGCCACUACAGACAUACGAGUUUCUGCUGCUGAGGUCCAGGAGGAGGCUCUGGUGUACAGUAGUCACUGUACUCAGCGAGCUCUCAGACACCCACAGGUUAAUGGCCCCACAAAAAAUGCCAGCCACCGACUGAAGGUGGCAGUACCAGAUAUUUAAGCAGACAGUAUCCUCUGUGUCCUUCAGUACAUAGCUGUGCCAUGUGCAAGUCGGCAUGCAUUCUGAGUUUUUCUUGUAUCCUUUGCUGUAUGCGUGACAGUGUUCUUACAACACCUCGGAAAUAUCUUGGUUCUUUGAUACAUCGAUGUCCCGAGUAAGGUUCUUGAUUUCAGGUUGCUUUCGCCUGGUUAAUUAGGGUCAUCAUAGUAGCACAGAAGGUGCGUACCAGGUUAUAACAUCCGAUCUCGUGAUCGGAGCUUUGCGGUCUGCAGGUUCCGUCCGGGCGGAGUGUCGGAAGCGGUCGAACUUCCAGUCCUCCGACGGCAGCCCCCGUCCACCCGGAGGACCUCAGUUUCUGUUUCGAUUUCAUUUACUGAAAGCCCUUGGCUUUCGGGAAUGCAAAGCCACCAGGCACCGCGAGGACGACUCCAAUCUUCGCUUGUAGGGAAGCCUCUCCCUCUCGCCCGUCUCGGUCGCCGGCGCUUUUCGGCCGCAUCUCCUCGGCCGAAGACCGCAGCUAGCCGGCAUCGGCCACCAGGAGCCGGCAGGUACUGUGAGUAGGCUGCCAGGUAAAAGAAGAAAAUAUUUCCUGGAAACUUUUUAGUGGUCUUACAGCAUUUAAACUCUUCUGACAAUCUUCUCCACUUCUUGAGAUACACAAAAGAAUUGGGUGAUCCUACACUGAAGCAUAGGCUUAAAGUCCCACUGCAGUCAGCAGGUGAAUAACGGUGUUAUCCACAGACGUCAGAAAUCAGCCAGAGGAGAGAAGGAGCAUUGUGACAGUCUCUGUAAGAAAAGCAGUGAGAAGACUCUGGAUUUGAUUUGGCAUUUAGGUCUCAAGCUGCUUCAGUUGAGCCAACUUGGUCAUGCUUCUGCUGAAGGUGAAGCAGAGCAGUCUGUGAUGGUUACUGCAGGGAGCAUUUUCGAGUGCUUUUGGAUUUGACCUGGACCUACUUUUUUUCCUCACUGAAAGUGAACAAUUGAGUACAGCGGCACAGCAGACUUUCUCAGUCUUGAGGAAUUUUGUUCUACUUACAUGAUGGAAAAGCUUUUGCUUUUGCACAUAUUUCUAGUCUGCUGGCACUCCCUAAAUGCUUUAUUUACAGUUGAAGCUCCCAAAUCGCUCUAUACUGCAGAACUUGGCAGCAAUGUGACAAUGGAAUGUAUAUUUCCAGUGAAUGGGAAACUAAAGUUCAAGGAUUUAAGCGUCAUCUGGGAAAAAAAAGAUGAAGUUAGAAAGGAUGUUUACGUACUUCUCAAAGGAAAGGAAGACUCUGGAAGUCAGCACAGUGAUUUUCAGGGACGGAUAAAGAUGUUGAAAGAGAACCUGGAUUUUGGGCAGUCUCUCCUUCAGAUCAGCAACGUGAAGCUCAAAGAUGCGGGGCUUUACUAUUGCCUUAUUGAGUACGGGGGAGCUGACUACAAGACCAUCAGUCUGAAAGUUCAGGCUCCGUACAGAACUAUAAUCCAAGAAGUGGUAAGCACAGGAGACAAAGAGUGGAAGCUAACUUGUCAGUCAGAAGGAUACCCAAAAGCUGACGUGAUAUGGCAAAAUGGAGGAUGUCAGGAUUUGACCGAUAAGGCAAAUACAAGUUAUGAAACUGGAAGUGAUCAGCUUUAUCGUGUGACAAGUACUCUCACAAUCAAAAACAGAACUCGUGAAAAUUUUCGUUGCAUCUUCUGGAAUAAAGAGAUUCAAGAAAAUACAUCUGCGGAUUUAUACAUAUUAGAUUCAGCUGAUGACGUGCUGUGGACUGAGAGCAGGCACUUUGUUUGGCCAAUUCUCAUUGUGAGCGUCCUCGUUGGAUCAGUGUCAAUUACUAUCUGCAUAAGGAAAGCUAGAGCAAAUAAGGACUGUAGGACACGUAUGGCAAAAUCAUCAAUUAAUAUAGCAAAGCUGUCAAAAGAUAAGGACGCACAUGACUGCAGAGGUACUUCUUUUGAAGAUGAAGAGCUGAAAUACAUACAAAUUGAGAAGACUUAGAAAAAGCAGGGGAAGAUUUUCCAUUGGUGCUGAAGAUUUGACAGCUCUGAUGUUCUCUGCUCUGUCUGUUUGGGGAGAUACUCAUUUUUUGUUUUUAUUCUGUUGUUGCAACCUUCUUCCAUAUUACUGUAAAUCGGGAAAAGAUGCAAUUACCAUAGCAUAAUAGGCCCCUGGAUUCUGGCCUCUUUUUAUACAACUAAGUACAGAGAGGUUUAUUUAAAUGUCCACCUUAAUGCUUUCUGAAGUUUAUGCACUUUCAAGGACACAUCCUAUUGAAAAUGUAUUUAAGAUAAAGCACUUUAGGUCUAGGACCAUAAAAAACUUCACAGCUCGUGCUUAAACAGUCCAUUUUCUGGACUUUUUUCCCGUUGAAGCUCUCGGUUCACUGCAAUGAUUUUGUUUUCUAGCUUGUGAAGAAUUUUUUCAAUACACAUAGAAGAUAAGAGUGCAACAAGAAAAGAUGCUAUAUAUACAGGACAUUUUCUCUCUUUAUUGUAGACAUUAAAAUGCAGGCUACUAUCAGCUAUUUUUUAAAUUGAUACUGUAACCCUCUUGAUGAAUAUGAGAAAAUUCCUAGAAAUUAUUAGAUAAUGCUCAGCUUAUUCAUCUCUUUCUCUGAAAAAGGUUGUUUUGAGGUUUUAAUUUCCUUGUGAUACAGCUGGCAUUACUUGAUUAGUAAGUGAUUGUUAUUCUUCUGAUAUAACAUUUGGGGAUAAUACAACUCUUUGGACCUUCAAGAAAUACACAUCUCAGUUUGGACUGCCCUUUUGUUCAUCCUGGAAACAGAAGAAGAACCUUCUCAUUGCUAGGACAUGAAAUACAUGUUCUUGUUGUUACUUAAGAAAUGAUGAUGGAAUAUGCUCCUGGAUGGUAUUUCUUAUUCUACUGUCGUGUUAUAUUUUGCAAGUUCAUAGCUCUUUGGUUGUUUUUGUCACACAGAUUAAAAUUAUUUAUUACAAUGCUAUUCAUAACUAUAUUUUUAAAUAAAAAAUGUUUUGGUUUUUUUGGUUUUUGUUUUUUAUUAUCAUUAUUUUUCCCUGCCAUCUUUGCUGUGUCAGUGUCUGGUGUGAGGACUGCUCAUGCUGUUUCUGGAAAACUCACAUAUUCAAAUAGCCUCCAGUGUCUCCCACAGAGAUAAACAGAGA